AUAUGGAGGUCUGUCGUUCGGUAACGUUGUCAAGUUUGUUCCAAAGAACUUUAAUGAUAUUCCAUUCACCCCCGUCCGACGAUUGGCUGUCAGAGAAGUAGUCAAGUCAUGGUACAAUAACAAGGGAUAUCACGCCCUUCCAACAUACUUGAAUGUUAUGAAUAACGCCAUUCUACGAGCAUCCAUUGGAAAGGACAAAGGGAACCCAUCAGCUUAUGGAAUUACUGCAUACAAUCACCCAUUUCCAUUCAACAGUACAUCCAAUACUCACUUGUCAGCGGAAUAUCUGCGACAAGGGACAGACCUCGUGAUCGCCAUCUUUGUCAUCAUCGCCAUGUCGUUCGUCCCUGCUAGCUUUGUGGUAUUCAUUGUAAUGGAGCGUUCGUCUAAAGCUAAGCAUCUUCAGUUCGUUAGCGGUGUGAAUCCCAUCGUCUAUUGGUUUUCGAACUACCUAUGGGACAUGGUAAGUUCAAACUCAUUCAACUUACUUUAUUUCGUCUGCUCUGUUAAUGUUUGCACUUAA